CUCGUCACUUGCCGUAGUAAGUCUACCGCAAAAGAACACCACGUGACAUGUGUCAACAGCGAUAUGUUGUAUUGGUUGUUCAGUCGUAGCAUUUGACAAAAUAUCGAUGCUAGAGCGUUCCUUUUUUGACAGGAGAUCCACCGCACAGUUUACUGGGAUACAUUUCCACCCGAUUGGAUCUAAUUCGUCUUCAGAAUGGUAAAUUUCUGUCCUCAAUGCGGUUCAAAGCUGCAGCCUGAUUUCAAGUUCUGUCCUUCGUGUGGAGAUAGGCUCCCAGAAGACUCAACAGAACCUUUACAAGCGAUCUAUUCUGAGCUACAUUUAAACUCACCUGUGCAUCAGUCAGUGAGCUGCACAGAAGUAGGUUCUGCUGAGGACUCUGCGCUGAUUCGGCCACCGUUGCAUUCAACACGGCGAAAGACAUUGGGUAGCCCAGCCACACCCACAGAAGCUGUGAGGUGUACAGAUAAAAAGUCUCCGCGAAAAGGGAAAAAGUCCAAUCAGGUUAAAGAACAAGAGGUGACCAUGCAAACCUCUUCGGUUACACUUCAAACUCCAGAUAAGUCUUUCAACUUGUCCCUAAAACGUAAGGCUUCUCAAGAGGUUAAUGAAGAGAAGACACUGCAAACUUCCGUUAUGUCUCCAAGUCCAUCUAAAUGCAAACCCAAGAGGCGGGUGAGCACUGUUAUACCUGUCCAGGAGGGCACAGUGGUCUGCGACCAGUCAAGCAAAAAAUGGAAACUUGUUGAACUUCUGUGGCAAACAGAAUUAGACCUAACAUAUGCAGUGUGCCAGGUGAAUCAGUGCUCCGACUCAAAUGAGUAUGAGUACAUAUUGAAACUGGGUGCUAAAGAAGGACUCCUGUUUAAUGAGCAGAAUUUCCAUCUGAGAGCAGCCAAAUCUGAUGCAGUGGAGAAAUGGGUGAAACUGCACAAAAUGGACUUCCUUGGGAUUCCACCAUGUCUGGGGUUUGGCCUUCAUGAAGCUUACAGGUUUUUAGUUUUUCCAAGCAUGGGACAAACUCUACAGUCAAUCAUGGAUGAAAAGACUGGUUCUCUGUCUGAGAAAGCUGUUCUCCAGGUUGCACUACAACUAUUGGAUUCACUUGAAUAUAUCCACGAGAAGGAAUAUACUCACGGAGACAUCCAUGCUGGAAAUGUUUACAUCAAAACUAACGGUCACACGGAGGUUUUUUUGUCUGGCUUCGGUUACGCGUUCAGAUAUUGCCCAGGCAGAAACCACGUGGAAUAUCGGCAAGGUAGCCGCACUGCCCACCAGGGUAACGUCCACUUUAUCAGCCUGGAUUCACACAAGGGUGCUGGUCCCUCUCGGCGCAGUGACCUGCAAUCUCUUGGUUACUGUAUGCUGAGCUGGAUGACAGGCACUCUGCCCUGGAGUCACAUGACAAACACAAAUGCUAUUGCUGCAGAGAAGCAGAGGUAUAUCUCUGAUAUUCCUGGACUUGUGAGUUGCUGUUACCAAAAGAGAAAGGCUUCAAGUGCAUUAAUGGCAUACCUGUCCAAUGUGAUGAACCUGCAAUAUCCUGAGAAACCAGAUUACUCCCAUCUGAAAGCUGAGCUUCGCGAGAGCCUCCAAAAGAUGGGUGGGACUCUAAAGGAACCAUUGGAUUUGUAGAUGAAACCCUAACGUGCCAUUUCAUUACAUGGGAAGUAAAAGGACGUAGGAUUUGGAGGAUUUUAUGCAGAAUGUUUAUAAGAAAUGUUU